AUGGAAAAUAUUAGAUCCAAAUCAUGUAGGGAAGGAAAGGCUCAACAAAUAGAGAGCAAGAAUGGCAUCAAUGGCAUGCAAGAUGUAAGGUGUUACAGUGCUUCCAAUGGUGGGUCAACGAUGAACAAUGGACGAACCCAGAUCCCGAAUAACGUCGAUAAGUUCAAGAGAAGCAAAUCCAGCAAUGGGUCUUGUUCGAAAAGCUGGAAUCUCAAUGACCCAGAGUUGAGGAGGAAAAAAAGGGUAGCUAGUUAUAGGGUUUAUAGUGUUGAAGGGAAAGUGAUAGGGUCAUUGAAGAAGAGUUUUAGAUGGCUUAAAGAGAGGUAUGUUAGGGUUGUUUAUGGAUGGUGGUAA